GAACAGGCGGCGCGCGUGGCGACGCGGCGGCGGGCGGGAGGGCGGCGCGGUGGCAGCGGCGGGGCGGACGAGCCCAAGGCGGAACCCCCCGCGCCCCCGCCCCCCAGCGACUGCGGAGAAUGAACACCUCAGGCGGCGGAGCGCAGCGGGAGAAGAAACCCCGAUGAUCUCGGGCUGAGCCCGCGCCGGGACCAUGUCUGUGGCCUUCGCGUCCGCCCGGCCGAGAGGCAAAGGGGAGGUCACGCAGCAAACCAUCCAGAAGAUGCUGGACGAGAACCACCACCUGAUCCAGUGCAUCCUGGAGCACCAGAGCAAGGGCAAGACGGCCGAGUGCGCCCAGUACCAGCAGAUCCUGCACCGGAACCUCGUGUACCUGGCCACCAUCGCGGACUCCAACCAGAACAUGCAGUCCCUGCUCCCUGCUCCGCCCACCCAGAACAUGAACCUGGGCCCCGGCGCGCUGUCCCAGAGCGGCUCCAGCCAGGGCCUGCACUCGCAGGGCAGCCUCAGCGACGCCAUCGGCACCGGCCUGCCCCCGGCCUCCCUCAUGCAGGGCCAGAUCGGCAACGGUCCGAACCACGUGUCCAUGCAGCAGACGGCACAGAGCACGCUGCCCACAACCUCCAUGAGCAUGUCGGGCAGCGGCCACGGGUCGGGGCCCGGCUACAGCCACUCGGGACCCGGCUCGCAGAGCGUGCCCCUGCAGGGCCAGGGCGCCAUCGGCAGCUACGUGUCGCGGGCCAACAUCAACAUUCAGUCCAACCCAGUGUCCAUGAUGCACCAGCAGGCCGCCUCGUCCCACUACCCCUCGGCGCAGGGCGGGAGCCAGCACUACCAGGGCCAGCCGUCCAUCGCCAUGAUGGGCCAGAGCGGGCAGGGCAGCGGCAUGAUGGGGCAGCGGCCCCUGGCGCCCUACCGGCCCUCCCAGCAAGGCUCCUCGCAGCAGUACCUGGGCCAGGAGGAGUACUACGGGGGCGAGCAGUACGGCCACAGCCAGGCCGCCUCGGAGCCGCUCGGCCAGCAGUACUACGCCGACGGGCACGGGGACUACGCCUACCAGCAGGCGUCCUACUCAGAGCAGAGCUACGACCGGUCCUUCGAGGAGUCCACGCAGCACUACUACGAGGGCGGGAACUCGCAGUACAGCCAGCAGCAGGCGGGGUACCAGCAGGGGGCGGCCCAGCAGCAGGCGGGCUACCAGCAGCAGUACCCCAACCAGCAGAGCUACCCGGGCCAGCAGCCAGGCUACGGCCCGGCCCAGGGAGCCCCCUCGCAGUACUCCAGCUACCAGCAAGGCCAAGGCCAGCAGUACGGGAGCUACAGGGCGUCGCAGACCGGCCCGUCCGCGCAGCAGCAGCGGCCGUACGGCUACGAGCAGGGCCAGUAUGGAAACUACCAGCAGUGAGGGGCAAGCGUCCUUGGUGGAGCCUUGCGCUGGCGUGUCCGCCCGGCACGGCUGGGCCCGUGGCAGCUCUGAUGACCCGUGGCCUGUCGGUUGCCCCUUCGCCCCACGCGUGUCGCAUGUGAAGCGUGCACAUUUCAUGCUGGGCAUGACGCCGAGCGUGCGCCGAGGCGCGGGACCGCGCUCCGGUGGUGUGGCGUGCCUGGUGCUGUGUAUAGUGUCCUGUGUCCCUCCAGUGACGGGGGGCUGUCCCUUUCUGUCCCCCCCCAUGUGUCUAGCUAGCUUUAGGGGUCCUCUCGUCAUCGGAGCGCUCUGCGCCCAGCGAUGGGACAGACACCUACCUACAAGAUGCCAUUGUCAGUGUUUCCACGUAGACAGACCUUGGGUCCAGAUCUCCCCACGCAGCUGUGACGUGGGUCGCAGGCGCGUCCUUCGACCUGCUGCCGCAGCCCCGGGCUUGCCUCCCCCUGGGCCUCAGGUGGGGCGGGGGCUCCGUCCGGGUGGGUCUGCUUCUGUCGAAGGCCACGUCUGCUUCCCCGGGGAGGCCGUGCCUGCACACCGCCCUGCGGUUUCUGGCACUCGCCCGUCGCCUGUGUCUCCAGCCCAUUCCAUUUACCUGGAGGGUCACCUGUGCGUGCUGCCAAGGUAACAAGGGAUCAAGGAUAGGCCGAGAUCGAGCCUGACCAGGGGGCUGCGGGGCGACACCGGCAGCGAGGGGAGCUGUCUGGCGUCGCCCGGGCUCCUGUCCUUGUUGAUCUGAUGGUCAUUUUGGGGGUUUGAAUAUGUGACAUGCCCCAUUCUAAACUUGUAGCUUAAAAUAGUGACCCGGAUUUUCCACACAGUGGAGUUGUUCCUUUUAUUUCUUCCAGGACCUGCUUGUUUAGAUCCCUAAGCAGGUGGGGGUUUUUUUGUUCGUUUGUUUUGCUUUUUGAGGGAUAUCUGAAUUUGCAUCUCUUAUUUUUUAAAAAAAGUUUUAUUUAUUUAUUUUUUAGAGAGAGGAAGGGAAGGAGAAAGAGAGAAACAUCAACGUGUGGUUGUUUCUCACACGCCCCCCUACUGGGGACCUGGUCUGCAGCCCAGGCGUGUGCCCUGACUGGGAAUCGAACUGACAACCCUUGGGUUUGCAGGCCGGUGGCAUACAGUCCACUGAGCCACCCCAGCCAGGGCCACAUCUCUUUUUUAGAAAGAGCUUCACUGAGUUUACUGUGUUCUUCCUAGUGAAAAGGAAAGGUUUUAUAGAGAGAAAUUUGAAUAAGUUUUACAUUCCCAGGAUGUUAAAUCUCAUUUAAAUUCUGUGCAAACAUGGAAGACAGCUCACUGGGAAAAAAAAGUCUGGUCAGGAAAAACCCUACAUUUCCCUAAGUAAUACUGACAUUUUAUCAAUUUUUACGUGGAUGAUAAUGCCCACUUUUCCUGGAAUCUUUUAUAAACAUCCUUGGAUAGUGCUGAUGUAUUUCCAAGAACAACCAAAAAAUACACAAAAAAGAGCUAAUUCCGUGUACACCGGGUCUCCUGGGAUAGAAGUGUUUACUUUGUGGGCAUAUGGGUGUGGAAACCCUGCACACCGGCAAGGGCUCAGAAGUCCACCGUCUCGGUGAGAUCUCCGGGCGGGAGUCCCGAACUGCUGAACCACAGGCGUGGGCAGUGGCCGCCUUGUUCUGUUUCUUUCCUGGCAGGUUUCGUAGAACAAAGUUGCAAACUCAAUCAAGGACUAAAAUUUCCCACUGAAAAGGUUCAACAUUUUAGAAAACUGUGAAACUAGUCUGUUUUUAUUCCUUGCCAUCCUGGGCGUACGCCUUGUCUGUGUGUGUGUGUGUGUGUUUUGUUUGUUUGUUUAAGUGCUGUCUGAAUACUUUUUUUAAAAGGGCACUGAAAAGUUACCCAGAAACUUCAAUCUGAAAUGUCUUACAUUAAGAAUUUCUUGAAUGUUGUGUAUAUAUUUUAAAAAGCACUUUGUGAGAUAGUUUGUACAUUUAUUUCCUUAAUUUAUACAUGAUUUUUUUGGUGUUAAUAUAUUUAAGGAUUAAUAACAGAAUAUUUAUUUAACGUGUAGUCCAUUUUUUAAGUAAUAUUUUUGUGGGGAAAGUGACGGCAGCAGCGGUGUCAUUAGCUGUAUUGUUUUCUCCUGCGUGACCCGAAUGUUUGCAAAAGCUUUAGGCUGAGAGGAACUGUCCACGCAGGGUGGGGGGUGGUGCCUCGUCGUCAUGACUACUUCCGCAGAAGGCCCGUGGAGAUGCAGAGGAAGACUCGGGAAUUGACGCAGUCCUCGACCCCGUUGUCCUCGACACCGAGCAGGUCACAGAUUUUAAAAGUGACCCGUUUUCAGCCGUGCCGACAGCUUCGUAUCGGUAUGCGGAAGCUCGGCACCCACGGGCUGGCCCCAGACUUCCAGCAAAGCCCCGCCGCUCCUCCAGCGGGAGCCUGCGCCGGCCUCGGGUUGCACCGGCUCUCACUGAUGCAGCUGCCGGUGUUGGGCGCCCGCUCAGAAUCGUGCGGGGUGGAAGGCCGUUUCUGUUGCCGUUUUCAGUUGCUCAGCCAUUGCUUCACCUCUAUUUAUUGAACAGGUCGGGAUUCGUUUUAUUUGUGAGCACAGCACAUUUUUUUUGAAGAUCAUCUUUAUUUCAUUCCCCCCCCCCCCAGCCAGAAUUUGGAGUAUAAAUUGUUUAUGCUUUUGGUGUAAUUAAUAAACUGGUUCUUCAAAAGUCA